CCCCUCCUUCACUCACCUCUCCUCACAGACAGCACGAGCUCAUCCCUAAAAACAGCAUGGGCGCGAGGAGGAGCAUCAGCUGCAGGGCGUGUACAGUUACAGUCACAUGGUUCUGCCUCCUGGUCCGUGUGGGCUCCUCCCCUCUGUCCUCGGUGGUCCACACCUGGUCAGGUGUUGGUCUGCAGGCUGUGCUGCCGUGUACCUGGGGGACGCAGGUAUCGGACAGGCCCCGGUCUCCAUAUAUCCAGUGGGAGACGCUGACCCACACGGUGUUUGAGCGAAUGGGGGAGCGGAUAUUUCAGGGCGAGUCCUUCAGGAACCGGGUGGACGUCCCGCUGGAGAUCCUGGACGAGGGGAACUGCUCGCUCUUCUUCAGGGACGUCCAGUUCAGCGACGCCGGGAUCUACGAGAGUUACCUGGUGGUGGGAGAGAACCAGGUGCAGCGGAGGAUCUUCCUCCAGAGCGUCCAGCUGCUGGUGUUCGAUCAUAAGCUGGAGCAGCGGGUGGAGGCGGGUAAAGACCUGGUUCUGGAUCUGUACACCGCCCACGCUCACACGCUGGUGUUCGAGAGCGUGAUCACGCCUGGGUGGGCGGAGCUCUGGAAGCGAGGGACAGCCAGGAACCGGGACUCUCGCCUGCAGGAGAACGAGGACAGCCUGGUGAUCAGGGGCGUCCAGCCCGGAGACAGCGGGACAUACAGGGUGGUGGACUCGGACGGUCUCGCCCUGAGCACCGUCAAAAUCACCGUCACCGAUCCUGUUCCAACCAAAUCUACAGUGGUGCAGGAAAAGCAGCUCUCUGUGGGAAGUGGGGGUGUGGUCAGUCCUGUCCUGGACGUGACUCUCUCCGUGAUGCUGUGGACGCUGGUGAUGUUUGUCCUGUGAGGUGAUGCUGAAGGUGCUGCUGCUCCGGUCGGGGAUGUUCUGGAUGGGCGGAGCAGAUCAGCACCUGUACUGAUUUCUCUCAGGGUGGGCGUGGGCCUGUCUCUCACUUCCUGUAAGGCAGUGUGGGCGGGGCCAGGCCUUCCCCAGGUGCGGGAGCAUUGAGUAGUAGGUGAGACUCUGAGAGUCUGAUGCUCCUGCGCUUCAUUUACUCAACUCCUCUGUGGGGUGGAGUCAGAUCUGUAACCCUGUUCUGAUCCAGGGAUGAUUCUGAAGAUGCUCCCAGUGUCUUCAGACGAGUAGUAAAGGAUGAGUAGUAGAACGAAGGUCUGUCACCAUUACUGUUACUGUUUAUACCAUACAGUAUACUGUCCAAGAAAGAAUAGCGAAAUAAAACAAUAAUAUUGCAUUUUAUGACCAAAUUAUGCCAAAAAUGCAAUUAAUAAAUACAGUAAAUAAUAAUUGGAGACAUUGGAAUAUUCAGGAAUUUAAAUAUAUUAAUAUUUUAAUCACCCUAAUUAAAUAAAAGCUAAAUAAAUUUAGAAAAGACAAAAAAUUGGCUCAUUCAUAUUAAAAACUAUUGAGUUUAUGUCCAUAUAUUGUACGAUUAUUCAGUAAAUUCAGUAAUUUAAGUUAAUAACAUAAUUAUGGUGACAGGCCGAGUGUCCUGCUACUGUUUCUAUGGGUUUUGCUGUUUUUUCUCACUUCUAAAAAACACGUAUCUGUAUGUUUGAAUCUGUUUGAAGGGCUUUUUUAUUUAGCACUCUGAUUCUAAAAACUGUUUCUGAGAUUUUUGGGUGUUUGAUCUAGGGCUGAGCGAUAUGACUAAAAUCAUAAAAACUUAAAUACUGUAUCUCAAUUAGUGUAGCAACAUUAACAGAUUAAUGCACGUGGUUAAUCUGGGAAGUUUAUUGCAUCCAUAUUUUUUAUGCAAAUUAAUCACGUUACUAACUGUAAUUUACAUUUUUUUUCAUAGAACCUGUUCACAUAUUAGCAGCAUCACUACUGCUAAAUUCAGGAGGGAAAAAACUCUGUCUUUAUACUAAAUUACUGAUAGCAUGUUUUCUUAAAGGUGUGGAAUAUGGAGCUAGACUACUGUUCAUUUCUUCUAUUAAAUAUUCCUCUCUGUUAAACUUUUAGGAAUGGUUUUAGGAAAUAAGCCUAGUCCUAAAGGACACAGCAUUUACAAAUAGAAAAUCUCUAUUAAAAUAUAAUAUACCAUAUUUUUCGGACUAUAAGGCUUUAUAGCUUACCGUGCUAAAAGUCGUACUAAAACAUUUUUUGCUAGAUUUUUAAAAAUUAGCACUGUCGAUUUUUAAAAUUAAAGAGU